AUGCGCUUCCUGCGCCUGCGCCGCCUACCCUCCACUGAGAGCUUCCACCGCUCGCUCGGCUGUCAGGCGCGGUGGCCAAGUGGCCGGCCGGACCUUUAUGGGGCCCCUGUGAUACCGGUGGGGACACCGAGGCCCCAGGUGGGCCGCGCGAGCGAGCGGAACUCCCCCAACUUUCGAGGGGUCUCGCCGCCCCGCUCCUCUCCCCCGCAGCGCCGGGCUCGCGCUCCCUUGGGGAGGGGGCGGCGGCGGCCCCCAGGUCCGGGCAGGUUGAGCGAGGCCGCGGCGCCCGGUCCGGCGCGCGCGCAGGGCUCCGGGACGUCGGGGCGUGGGGCCCGGCUCGCAGCUACUUCCCCGACCCCCGGCGGCGGCGGCGGCGGCGGUGGAGGCGGCGGCGGCGGAGCGGGCUCGGCGGUGCGGGAGGGCGCGGCCUGCGGUGGGAGGCGCCCCGCCUGGGGCUCGGCCCCGGCCUUGCGCCCCGCAGAUCUGAGCGCAGCCAGCCUUCGUCCUUCGGGCCCCUUACUCCCGGGCUCUGGUCAUCCCAGCCACGCCUCCAUACCAGCUCUGCCAGAGACCGUUUUUAAAGGGCUGGGUCUGCUCAGGAGCGUCCGCAUUAAGAUCUGCCCAGGAGAAGGGACAACUUCAAGCAUCCAGAGAACUCUCCGGCCACGCACCCACGAGCUAGAGAUGGAAGAGAUUGUGGCAGCCCGGCCUUCAGAGCCUGAUCGAGGAGAUGUGACCAUUUGCAGUUGGCAGAAUUUCACGUCCGUUAUUUUCUCUGCCGCUCAGAGCCCUCUUUUGAUCCUCAUUCUGUGGAUGGAGGGAGUGAGGCAAAAGCGAUGAGGAGACUCGCCGGGAGACACAGCCAAGGAUAGGGCAGCGCUGGGGUUCGGGGCUGCAGCCUUGGACUCCCGCUGCCAGUGCUCUUUCGGAGGAUACUUCCACAGAGAACCCUGGGAGAUGUCUGGCACAGAGAAGAUGCUCACUUAAUGUAGGUGCACUGCUCCAGAAGUGAGGUCUGGGUCUCAGUGUGUCGGAGGGUGCCUUCCGUCCUUAUCUCUACAAAGGUGACCUUUCCUUCCGCUUCCUCUCUGGCUGUCUUGCCCUGGCCGGACCCCAUAGGGAUCGUGGUUCUGGCUUGAGACGCUGCAUUCCUCUCUGGCCGGGCCCGCCGAGACCCAGAGCCCAGGGAGGACUCCUUCCCCUCCUUGAUGCUCGUCCUGCAAGUCCAGACGCCGUCAACUCCAAGGCGUUCCCUCUGGGCCCGGGCCAGAGUAGCUGCGGCCGAGCUCCUCCCUCCCCCGCCAGCCUCCUUGGGUGCAGACAGCCCAGCACAGGCAGGAAGGGCCUUCUGUUUGCCUUGGCUGGUGGGGAAGAGAUUAGUGCUCGCUUUCUGUUUGGACUCUUGUAUCUAACUAACAGGCAGGCCCGUGACGUCGAAGCAAAGCACACUUGAGCCUUGAAUGAGUUUGGGCCCUGUUCCUGAGGCCCGGCCACUGCAGAGGUGUCUGGAGGUAGGAAGGGGUGAUAACACCACCCCUUGGGUAUAUGGAGAAAUGUAAUGGCCGUCUGUCAGCUGUCCCUACCCAGAGUCCACGGCCCUUACUUUGGGUAAUGCCUCCUCAGGAGACCACUUCUCCCUGACCUCGACUUUAGAGGCAAGCAUGGAUCCCCGGACACACACGGAGACUCCCCCUUGGUGGUUUUGCAGCAGCUACGGGGAAAGAGGCAUUUGCUUUUUUGUGGGAUUUCCCAGGCUGAUGGAACUGCUGGCGGCCAUCCUGUUCUCUGCUUGAGGUCAAAGCCAACAAAGAAGAAAAAGCUCAGAGAUGGAGAGAAUAUGCUGUGCAGAUAUCCAUAAGCCCCUGGAUUGAGCCAUGCCUGAAGCUAACUCUACUCCUGCAUUAACCCGAUUAUAUGAGCCAAUGCAUUUCUUCUGUGCUAAAAUUAUCCUAAGUGGGGUUUCUGUCAUAGAAAGGAGCCUAAUAAAACAGUGUUUUUCUUUGGUCUCAUUAAGAAAAAAAAAUCAACUCUGAGGUAUACUUUGCAUGCAAUAAAAUCUACCCAUUCGAAGUGCUCAAGUCCUAAAUUUUAUCAAAUGUGUACACCCUGGUAACUACUACUGCAGUCGAGAUGUAGAACAUUUCAAGUUCUUAUUCCCCUUUAUAGUCCUUUACCCUGAACAACCACUGACCUGCCUUUGUUGUAGAGAUUAAUUUUGCCUUUCUAGAACUUCAUAUAAAUAUUAUCAUUUAGUGUUUA